UUGUUCUACAUAAGCCAUAAAAGAAACUGGUUGGACGUCAAAGUUAAUUCGUUUGGUGAUGACAAGGGAGAGAGGCACACUAACUAAUGCUGCCUCACGACCCUGGGCAGAGGAUGGAAUCGCUGCAUAUUUAUGCUGCUUCCAAGAUCUCAGAGUAGAUAGAGAAAGGCACGGGGAAGGGAGGGAGUCGACAGAGUGCAAAAGGAGAGGCAAGUGCAUCUGCUCCAGACAUUGGACGCUGGCGGGACAAGGCAGCGAAAUUUCAGAUCCUAUAAUCGCGGAAGCAGCAAGAACAGUUAUUCGUUGGCUUCCUCAACUAUUACUAUACUAGAGUGCAUCUUUAAAUGAACAAAAAGGGGCUUUAUGAAGACUGGAAGAACCCCAAUGUGAUCACAGAUUAAUUAUGUUGGAUAAAAGGCUGAGUACCUGAAGAUUCAGCAAAGUCAAGUAGCUUAUCUCCUGAGAAACGCCUGAAUCAUGGAGGAGAAUGAGUUCCAAGUCCAGCAGUUGCAACCAAACAUCAUAUCAGUCCGACUAUUUAAGCGUAAGGUGGGUGGUCUGGGAUUCUUAGUGAAGCAACGGGUGUGUAAUCCCCCUGUGAUCAUCUCUGACAUUAUCCAUGGUGGGACAGCAGAAGAGAGUGGUUUGGUGCAGGUUGGCGAUAUCAUUGUUGCAGCUAAUGGCAAGCCUCUGGUCGAUGUAACUUAUGAAUAUGCUCUGGAGAUGCUGAAGAACAUACCUCCAGAGACUUUCGUUGUGUUGAUUUUGAGAGGUCCAGAAGGGUUUUCCACUCACCUGGAGACCACCUUCACUGGUGAUGGGGCACAAAGAACAAUGCGUGUUACAAAGCCUUUAGUUCCUGUCACUAAAACGAGUGAUUCUCCCAUUCAAGGCCCCUAUGGCAAAGACAACCUCAAAGCUGAAGAUAAAAAGUUGAGGAACAUCUGUAAUCCAGCAUUAGAGACAUGGGACAGUGAGAUCCCACAAGAAUCCAAUUCCGUAAUUCAGGUCAAGGGAAUGAUGUCUUUGAUUAAUGAAAACUCUUUAGAGGGAUCAGAUGCCUGUAUUACCAACACAGACAACUUGAUGAAUGAUGGAACAACUGAUAAUGAUGAACUCCUUAAAGAAAUUGAACCUGUACUAAAUCUAUUAAAGAACAAUAGAAAACAAGGGAAGUGUGAUGCUGAAGUCCAAGUGGACAGGGGAGAGGCAGACAAAGGCCAGCAGUAUUUGCAUCUUCAAUCCAAGAACGACAGAGUGUUUCAUGAUUUGUGGAGAAACAAAAAUAUGCUGACAGUACUUCCUAGUUCUUAUUCCGAACAGGAAGAGUCGCCUGUAAAAGAUUUGUCAAAUGGCAGUCCAACGAAAUGUCCCUGUUUUAUUCAGAUAAAGAACUGGGAAACAGGUGCUGUUUUAAAUGAUACACUACAUCUGAGUUCUGGAAAGAUAAAGGGAGCUGGGUGUACAGAGCAGAUUUGCUUGGGAUCAGUUAUGAUGCCAAACCAGCAAGUGAGGAAACCAAAUGAAGCCCGAACAAAGGAGAAGUUACUUCCACUGGCAGAAGACUUUAUUAACCAGUACUAUACAUCUAUCAAAAGGCAUGGGUCCAAGGCCCAUCUUCAGAGGAUUGAGCAGGUGACAAAGGAGAUUGAAAUGACUGGCACUUACCAACUUAAAGACACUGAGCUCAUUUAUGGGGCCAAACAUGCCUGGAGAAAUGCUACCCGCUGCAUUGGGAGGAUCCAGUGGUCUAAGUUACAGGUCUUUGAUGCACGUGACUGCUCCAGUGCUCAUGGAAUGUUCAACUAUGUUUGUAAUCACAUCAAAUAUGCAACCAACAAGGGGAAUCUCAGGUCUGCCAUCACAAUAUUCCCACAACGAAUAGAUGGCAAGCAUGAUUUCAGAAUCUGGAACAGUCAGUUGAUACGAUAUGCUGGGUAUAAACAACCUGAUGGCUCUGUUAUUGGAGACCCAGCUUCCGUGGAGCUAACUGAGGUUUGUAUGCAACAAGGUUGGAAAGGACCUAAGGGUCGAUUUGAUGUCCUCCCCCUUUUGCUUCAAGCCAAUGGAAAUGAUCCUGAACUGUUUGAGAUUCCCCCAGAACUAAUCCUGGAAGUACCCCUCAGGCACCCCAAGUUCACAUGGUUCAAAGAUCUGAACUUGAAGUGGUAUGGCCUGCCAGCUGUCUCAAACAUGCUUCUAGAUAUUGGAGGUCUCAAGUUUACAGCCUGUCCUUUUAGUGGUUGGUAUAUGGGAACAGAAAUCGGAGUCCGAGACUUCUGUGAUGCCUCCCGGUACAAUGUGCUUGAGAAUGUAGCAAAACAAAUGGGCCUUGAUACUAGAAAGACAUCUUCCCUUUGGAAAGAUCAAGCAUUAGUUGAAAUAAAUAUUGCAGUCCUUUACAGCUUUCAGUCAGAUAAAGUGACAAUAGUGGAUCACCAUUCUGCUACGGAAUCAUUCAUGAAACACAUGGAAAAUGAGUAUAGAUGUCGAGGAGGGUGUCCUGCAGACUGGGUGUGGAUUGUUCCACCAAUGUCAGGAAGCAUCACACCUGUGUUCCAUCAAGAGAUGCUAAACUAUCAGCUAAGUCCAUCAUUUGAAUAUCAGGCAGACCCCUGGCUGAAUCAUGUGUGGAAAGGAGUUAAUGGGACUCCCACCAAAAAGAGAGCCAUUGGAUUUAAAAAAUUGGCAAAGGCAGUGAAAUUCUCUACAAAGUUGAUGGGACAAGCAAUGGCCAAAAGAGUAAAAGCCACCAUCUUAUAUGCCACAGAAACUGGCAAGUCCCAAGUCUAUGCAAAAACAUUAUGUGAAAUCUUCAAGCAUGCCUUUGAUGCAAAGGAGAUGUCCAUGGAUGAAUAUGAUAUUGUGCAUCUCGAGCACGAAGCAUUGGUGCUGGUGGUUACAAGCACUUUCGGCAAUGGUGACCCACCUGAGAAUGGAGAAAAAUUUGGGUCUGCCCUGAUGGAAAUGAGACACCCUAAUUCAAAUUCAGCAGAAAGGAAGAGUUACAAGGUUCGUUUCAACAGCGUAUCCUCAAACUCAGAUGCUCGUAAAUCUUCAAGUGAUGAACCAGAACUCAGAGAUAAAUUUGAGAGUACUGGCCCUUUAGCUAAUGUUCGAUUUUCUGCUUUUGGCCUUGGCUCUCGAGCCUAUCCACAUUUCUGUGCUUUUGCUAGAGCUGUUGACACAUUACUCGAGGAAUUGGGAGGAGAACGGAUUAUGAGGAUGGGAGAGGGGGAUGAACUCUGCGGACAAGAGGAAUCAUUCAGGACUUGGGCUAAGAAAGUUUUUAAGGCAGCUUGUGACGUGUUCUGUGUGGGGGAUGACGUUAAUAUUGAAAAAGCGAACAACUCCUUAAUAAAUAACGAUCGCAGCUGGAAGAGAGCAAAAUUUCGCCUGACCUGCCAGACUACAGCACCUGACCUUACAGGAGCUCUCUACAGCAUUCACAAAAAGAAAGUCUAUGCUGCAAGAUUGUUAUCUCGACACAACUUGCAAAACCCAAAAUCCAGCCGUUCCACAAUUUUGCUCCGGAUACACACAAACAAGCAGGAAGAGUUACAGUACCAGCCUGGUGAUCAUCUUGGUGUCUUUCCCGGUAACCAUGAAGAUUUGGUCAAUGCCUUGAUUGAGCGGUUAGAAGAUGCACCUCCUGUAAAUCAGAUCAUAAAAGUUGAGCUUUUGGAAGAGAGAAACACAGCUUUAGGCAUUAUUAACAGCUGGAGUGAUGAGAAUCGCAUUCCACCUUGCACCAUCUUUCAAGUUUUUAAGUACUAUCUGGAUAUCACAACUCCUCCAAGCCCACUCUUACUGCAGCAGUUUGCUCUCUUGGCAAGAAAUGAAGAGCAUAAGAAAAGACUUGAAGUUCUCAGCAAGGGAUUACAGGAGUACGAGGAAUGGAAGUGGUACAAUAACCCAACAGUAGUGGAAGUACUGGAGGAGUUUCCUUCGGUUCGGGUGCCAACAACUCUGCUACUUACCCAGCUUCCUCUGCUGCAGCCUCGAUAUUACUCAAUCAGUUCAUCCCUGGACAUGUACCCAGAUGAGAUUCACCUUACAGUGGCUGUUGUUUCGUAUCGCACACGAGAUGGUGAAGGGUCACUACAUCAUGGAGUCUGCUCUUCCUGGUUUAACCGGAUAGACACAGAUGAAAUAGUGCCAUGCUUUGUCAGAGGAGCUCCUUCUUUCAGAUUGCCAAAAGAUCCAAUGGUUCCGUGUAUUUUAAUUGGACCGGGAACUGGAAUUGCUCCUUUCCGAAGUUUCUGGCAGCAGCGGUUGCAUGAUAUUGAGCACAAAGGUGUAAAAGUAUGUCCCAUGACACUUGUGUUUGGCUGUCGUCAAUCAAAAAUUGACCACAUCUACCGAGAGGAAACCAUUCACGUAAAAAGUAAAGGUGUCUUUGAGGAACUCUAUACAGCUUACUCCCGUGAACCAACAAAACCAAAGAAAUACGUACAAGAUAUUUUAAAUGAACAGCUUUCUAACCAAAUAUUCAAAGUCCUUCAAGAGCAAACUGGACACAUAUACGUUUGUGGCGAUGUUACCAUGGCAGGCGAUGUACUGAAAACUAUUCAGCACAUCUUGAAACAACAUGGAAAGAUGUCAUUGGAAGAUGCUGGGGUCUUCAUCAGCAAGCUGAGAGAUGAAAACCGUUACCAUGAAGAUAUAUUUGGUGUUACACUUCGUACAUAUGAAGUUACAAAUCGCCUUCGAUCGGAAUCUAUUGCUUUUAUUGAAGAAAACAAGAAGGACUCAGAUGAAGUAUUCUGUGCUUGAUUUAGAAGUUUACAUCACAAAGAAACCUUUAUUCAUGGCCUCUGCAAGAAGUUUUGUUCAGUCCUGAAGAUUGAACUUUGUUGAGCAGUAAAGUCCAUAUGAUUGCUGAUGCUGACAAAAAAAAUGAGAAAGAAAGCUUAUUUAAACUUUUAUAUUUUUACAUAAGAAGAUUGUUCAGUAAUAUGUUAAAUGGUGUGAGCUGUUGUACUUUGUUUUCCCAUCGUGUCGCUUCAAAGUAACUGCAACAUCAGCUGCAAGCAAACAAAAGGCCUUUUUUUUUAGCUGUUCAAUGACAAACAAAAAAUGUUGCAUGAAACAAAAGCAACUUCAUCACUUCCUUAACUACAAAUUCAGUAUAAGUAGGUUUCAUUUUUAAAUACCAAUACAGUUAUCAGUAAAAAUAUAUUUUAAAGAUUUACGUGCUACCUUCUUGAUUUUCAAUCAACAAGUGACAGAUGCGGGACACUAACUUGCUUUUUGUGUCUCCUACAAGUUUGCAGGUGUAACAAAUAAUUAUGUGUUUCCUCUUUGUGAAAGUCUAGUCCUGUUUUCUGCAUGCUUUGAAGAUAGCAAAUGUGGUAAUGCUCAGAUUAUGUGGCAAAUGGAAAUUAGUUGAGAUUUUUUUCAGAAUGCAGUCACAUGCAAUCACUUACUCAUGAUGGCAAGGUACUAAGUGGACUGCUGGUGCAGCAUAAAUGUGUGUUUUGUUCUGUGUAUUGAUGAGGCUUCCCCAGUAUUUUGAUUAAUGGAGAGGUUUCGAUCUCAGCCAGAGGCCCGAUUUUCAUGGUGUCUGGAAGGAAGCCUUUGAAAAUGACAGGAAGAACUGAUUCUGGGAUUCCUGCACCAUAUUUGCUCUAGUUAUUUUGUGCAACUUGGAAUAAGGGUACAGAUUGCCAGCCCACAUGCAGCACUCCUAUCAUUGCUGGUUCCACUAAGGGGAUGGGAAUUUCAACUCUCUUUCCCUGCAUUGCUUAUAGAACUGGUUCUGCUCCGUUAGUUGUGGGGCACAUCAAAGUAGUCUUGAAACAAGCAAGAGAGUUGUCCCAAGUCAGAAUCCAAAGACAAAACAUCCAUUCAACUUUCCUUUUGUAUUACAUUGUUCCCCAUAUCUUCUCAUAAAGCUAUCAAUCAAUCUCAGUAAUUAAUGACUAAAAUAGUUCUGUGUACUUCACAUCACUUCAUCUUAUAGAAGUAAAUAUACAUAUAUUCAUUGAAAAACACUCCUCAAAGAUCAGGUUAUUUCAAGAUAAUAAAGAUGUCAAUGAAACAAGCUAUUUCUGUUUGCAAAUUGUGUCAACGUUGCCUAUAGGCCUGAGUGCAUUGAAGCUUAGCCAAGUAUUCAAAUGAGGCCUUCUGGCAAGUGUAUAAAUAAAUUGGCUGAACAAAUGGCCAAUAACUUUAUUUUCCAUUAAUAACAUUUCCAACCCACGCUUCCCAUCCCAUUCAUGAAAACCUGGCCUAGACAUUCUUGGAUAUAACAAAUAAAGGCAAGACACUGCUAAAGACUGGGAAUAAUUCUAAAAAAAAAUGGGUUGAAGACUGAAAUAUAUUUUAUAUUUAGUGAGCAACUCAAGAGAGAAAUCCUAAGGAACACUAGGGAGAUAAAAGGUGGAAAGUAGUAAAAUUUUUGGACGAGCACAAGAAUAUCUAAUUCACAUUAGAUUAGAUAUCAAAUAUCUAAUUGACAUUUAGGGUAGACACAAAACUUAUUGUAAAGGGGGUCAAUUAGUUAGAAGACUGGUUUGUGAGUCAGAGUGACAGCAACAUUGUGAGUUUGAUUCCUGUACCAGCUGAAAUCACCAUGAAAGAUUCUCCUUCUCAAUCUCUCGCCUUACCUGAGGUAUAGUGACCCUCAGAUUAAGCUACCACUAGUUACCUCUCUCUAAUGAGUGUGAAGCCCUUUUACCUUUAAAACUAAUUAGUAUUGGAUAUUCAGAGAAAACCAGGAUUUAGGCAAUUUCAAAAUAUAAUAUUAACCCUGUGACAAUUAUUGUUGAUCACAUUAGAUAAUUCACCCUUUGAAUAUUAAAUAUAGCGUACAACAGUUGUAAAGAAGAUUGCUAAAUGCUAAAUAAAAAAAAGUGAAAUCCUUCUCCAAAUCAAAACUAGUUAUCUAGAUAAAUAGGCUCAUAAUUAAACAUCUUACCAAAGAGUUGGUAAAUAAAGGAAAUGGUGGUGUAUUUUAUUAGCACCAUAUUAUCAAGAGAAAAGGUUGCUGUAAAAAUUCUUUAAUGAACAGGUCAUUGAUAUUUGUGGAAAUUGAAACUCAUGAUCCUUUUCUCAUUAUUUCACAUUAACCUACAGACUGCUUUGGUUUAUACAGUACUUGAUUGCAUUUAUUAAGUUAAGUUAUGAAUAGUAGUUGAAUUGAAGCAAAGUAGAAGACAGAAGGUGAUGGAGGAAGGUUUUUUUCAGACUGGAGGCUUGUGACCAGUGGAUU